UCUUCACUGGAACCAGCGGCGGGUUUUGGAUGUUAACUGAUGUUGUCGCAAAUAACGUGGCUGUUCAAGAUAAUGGCAAAAACUUCAUGUCCGUGUCUGCAAAGGCCGACACCAAAGUAAUAUCCCUGCCGUCAGUGAAUAAUGUUUGUUUCGAAGAUGUGGCAGGUUUUGCUUUGGGUUGCGGUGAUUCGCAAGCGACUUUCUUCAAAACCAAUCAAGACGACGUGCUCAUUGGUAUAUCGCUUCGCAACACAGAGGUCCAACCAAUUGGAGUUUUACCUGACAAGAAAACGACAACGAUCGGUACCUUUUAAUCAUUCCCUGACAUAAAAACGAACCAGGUGUACUUCAGCAGACAAGUCGAAGACUGUGUUGGAACGUUUUCAGUGGGUUCCUGGGAGGGAAACAUCAGUAACCUCGUCAUGGCGACUUGAUGUUCGGCUAUUUGAUAUUACAAUCCGUC